AUGAUCCCUGAUAUGGAACAACCAAUCUCUAUAUUUGUUUUCCAAGUGAAUAUACAUCCGGAUGGAGUCCUGCUCGCCAUCGCGGCAAACCAUACGGUAAUGGAUGCUACCGGAAUGAGAGGUGCGAUAGGAAAGCUUGCAAAUUGCUGUCGUCGAUUGGGUGGGAAAGACGUCGAGUUGUCAACGUCCUCUGCGGAUCCAGACCGAGGCAGGGAAAUGCUUAUGCUUCAACUACCAGACAACCAUUUUGAGCAGGAAUUCCCAGAGUAUCGGGGCUCAAAAAACCUUUUCACCCAGUGGACAGAAAUGGCAAAGAACACAUCCCACGCGCAUUCCUCCAUCCAAUCGAGGCAUUUCAAUAUCCGCGCAGAAGAUGCCCGGGAACUGAAAGAUCGCAGUAACGAAAUGCUGCCCCGUGUCCUAGCUCCAGGGGAUAAUAGUGGCUGCGAUGGUUUGCCUUGGGUUUCCAGCAGCGACGUGGUUAUUGCCCUAAUCUGGUUGUCGCUCAACCUUGCCGGAAUACCACAAGGAAAUCUGGAGAGCCUGGGUAUAUUUGUGUUAGAAUGGCAGUGA